AUGGCGUCGAGCUCUGUUGGUCGGGUUUUGGAGGAGGUUGGCCUGCCUACUACCGAGAAUACUAUCGGUGCCAUCUUCAUUGGAUGGGGUGUUUCGGCCGUGCUGUACGGAAUGUUCGUGCUGCAAGCUUGGGAGUACUUCCACAGGUACCCAACCGAUAACGUGUACCACAAAGCACUUGUGGGCAGCAUCUGGGUCCUCGAGACUAUCCAUCAGGCUUUCGUCGGACAUUACUGCUGGCAGUAUACGAUCAAGGGAUACAACUCCGGCUCUGCGCUUUUCGUUGAGCGGACUGUCUGGAGUUUGAGCGCCUUGGUUCUCCUGGGAGGCCUUAUUGGGACCAUGGUCAAGAUCUACUUCGCAUUCCGCGUGUACCGACUUGGCAAGGGUGGAGUUCUUGCAACAGGGCUUAUUUGCGUCAUGGCCUUGGCACAACUCGGCACCGCUACAUCUUACGCCGUGAAGAGCUCUCAAAUCGCUCUGACGGAAUUGGUGACGCUGAAGGGACUUGGAAGCACUUCCCUGGCAUUGGGUGCGGCUACAGAUAUCGUGACGGCCCUCGUCCUCUCCUAUUACCUGAACGGCAUGCGUACCGGCUAUAGGCGAUCAGAGGCCCUAAUCACCAAACUCAUCGGGUUCUCCGUUCGGACAGGCGCAUUGACAUCGGCCGUCAGUUUAGCGGUCCUCGUCUUGUACCAGACCAUGCCGAACAACUUCAUCUUCAUUUCGUUCUACUUCAUUGUUUGCAAGAUGUACUCAAACUCCUGCUUGGCUACCUUGAACGUUCGCCGCCCGUCAGCUGGACGGGAGACUGAGUUCGAGUCGUCGCAUUCGAGGAACGGCCAAGCAGUCAUGAUGACAUCGCGCUUGCGGUUUGGCACCAACUCUGCUCAUGACGAGAGGAAGCCUGAGGGUGUUCGUACACUCGACAUCGGCGUUAGCCAGGAGAUUGCCGUCAUGCGCGACGAGCCGGACACGAAGGUGUCAUAUCACGACUUCGACGGGCCGGUGCGGGCACAGAACUUCGCCGUCUGA